UAAACCCACGUGACCGAGUGAGGGACGCACAGACAUCCAAGAUGGCGGCUAACACGGUCUUCAUUCGAGGAGCUGUUUUUAGGCCAGCAUCAUGUCCAGCCGUAAGGAACAUGGCAACAUUGAAAGAUAUCUCCUUGCGAUUAAGGAGUGUGAAAAAUAUCCAGAAGAUUACAAAAUCCAUGAAGAUGGUAUCAGCUGCCAAGUUUGGUAAAGCAGAGAGGGAAUUACGUCCUGCAAGAAUUUAUGGAGCUGGUGCUUCAGCUUUGUAUGAUAAAGUUGAAAUCAAACCAAGUGAUGCGGACAAGACAACACCCAAAAACCUCAUAGUUGUGAUGUCAUCUGAUCGUGGAUUAUGUGGUGGGAUCCAUUCUAGCUUGGUGAAGGCUGUUAAGGCUGCUUUGGGAGAAAAGCAGGUUGAUGACAGUACAAAAAUUGUGGCAUGUGGAGAGAAAGCAAGGCAGUUGUUUCUACGAACACAUGGUGACUACUUGCUGAUGAGCUUUUCAGAGAUUGGUAAAAGGCCUCCUCAGUUCUGUGAAGCCACCUUCAUUGCCCAGGAAAUCCUUGAUAGUGGAUUCCAGUAUGAUAUGGGAGAGAUGUAUUAUAACUGGUUUAAGUCAGUGGUUUCAUACAAGACUCAGACAAAACCACUUCAUUCAUUUGAUACUUUGAAUUCUGUCUCAGGAGACACUCUGAGUACCUAUGAUGACUUGGAUUCUGAUGCGAUAAAGAACUACUCUGAGUUCUCCUUGGCUAGUCUUUUGUUUUAUGGCAUGAAGGAGGGAGCCUGCAGCGAGCAGAGCUCUCGAAUGACUGCAAUGGACAGUGCUAGUAAAAAUGCGGGUGAAAUGAUUGACAAAUUGACUUUGACAUACAAUCGAACUCGCCAAGCUGUGAUUACAAGAGAAUUGAUUGAGAUCAUCUCAGGAGCUGCUGCAUUGGAUUAGAUUGAGAACUUUUUAUGAAAAUGAUGUCUUAAGUAAUGUUUGUAACUGUUGAAAUAAAGAAGCCCUUGGAGGUGUGUUUUC